AUGAACAAAUCUGUACUUCAUAAAAUAGUAAAUGAAAUAACGUCUGCUAAAUAUUUCUCGUUAAUCGUAGAUUCUACUCCCGACAUCACGAAAUUUGAUCAAUUAACGAUUGCUGUUAGAUACGUUAAUUUAGGUGGGACUGCAGUAGAGCAAUUUUUUUGUUUUAUUCCAUCGGUUGGACAUAAAAGUAAAGAAAUGGAAGUCUCAAUAUUAACGAAAUUAUCUGAAUUAAAUAUUGACAUACAGAACUGUCGUGGACAAUCAUACGACAAUGCAAGAAAUAUGUCAGGUAUAUUUAAUGGUCUGCAAGCUCGUAUUAAAGAGAAAUCAAAAAAUGCAAUUUUUAGUCCAUGUUCAGCACACUCAUUAAAUUUAGUUGGUUGUCAUGCUGCUGAUAUAACCAAAGAAGGUUAUCACUUUUUUUCACUUGCCCAAAAUAUUUAUGUAUUUUUUUCUGCAUUGACAUGGCGGUGGGAACAACUUUCAAUAAAUUUAAAAAAUAUACCAAACUCAAUGUUUGUAAAAAACUUAUGCCCUACUAGAUGGUCAUCCAGAUAUAGUGUUUGUAAGAGUUUAAAAAUUGGGUUUGAAGCUGUAUUAAGUUCAUUGAAAACUAUAGCUUUGAACAUAGAUCAGAAAACUAGUGUAAGACACGAAGCAGAAUCGUUGUACAAAAAAAUUGAAACUCUCGAGUUCUCAUUUAUGAUAGCUCUAUGGACUCCAAUAUUAGAAAGAUUCGACGCUACAAGUAAAAAUUUACAACGUAUUAAUAUUGAUUUAUCUUAUGUUGUAAAAUUGUACGAAUCUCUAGAAAUGUAUGUACAAGAUUUAAGAAAUAGAUUUGAUAAUAUUUUAGCUGAAGCAAAGCAAAUGAUUGGAUAUGAAGUCUUUUCUUACGAAGAAAAAAGAAAUAAACGAAAAAAAUGUUUUCACGAUGACCUUAAUGUUCAAGAUACAAUAUUUCACGGACAAGAAAAAUUCAAAAAUGAAACAUUUUUACCAAUUUGUGAUACAAUCAUUGUAUGUUUAAAUAAAAGAAAGAUGGCAUAUAUUGAGAUAAAUACUAUGUUUGGUUUUUUUUUAAAUAUAGAGGGAAUUGACAAUGAUAUUUUACGUGAAAAAUCAAAACAAUUAGUAGCUAUUUAUAGUGAAGAUUUAGAACCUGACCUGGAGAAUGAGAUUAUUCAAUUUAAAACAAUAGUAAAACAUUUUUCAGAAGAAGAAAAAUUAUCUAUGCACAGUUUGCUUGAAGCAUUAAUAAAAUCAAAGUUAAAUGAUUCAUUUCCUAAUGUGGAAAUAGCUUUAAAACUUUUUGUAUCUAUACCAUGCUCAAACUCUAGCGGGGAGAGGUCUUUCUCAGUUUUAAAGAGAGUGAAGAACUACCAGAGAACCUCAUUAUCUAAUGAAAAGAUGUCAUCAUUGGCUCUAAUGUCUAUUGAAAAUAAUUUGCUACAAUGUAUGGAUUGGAAUAGUUUUAUUAAAGAAUUUGCUUCACAGAAAGCUAAAAAAAAGUUUUGA